AUGAGUUCGCCACCUAAAUCCCCUCGUAAGGGCUGCAACUCAGGUACAAAACGCAAAAAAGGCGGUUCGGGUCCUUCGGGAUGUUCGAGGACUUCAAGUUCAAGUACACUACGACGUGCAUCAUCGGAUGAUCCACAACCAAAACCGGGCAGUGAAAAUGCCACGUUCGAGGAAGAACCUGUGGAAACAUCUAAUGCAUAUGAAGAUGAAGAAGGAGAAUCGGAUGAACGAGAUGAUGGGGUUCCGAGAAAAAAGACUAAAAGAAGGGCAGAGGCAUGGAAGCACUUUGAUCUGAUAAGGGAUAAAAAUGGCAUGCAAAGGGCAAAAUGCAAGCAUUGUGAAAAAAGUUACGCGGCCAAUACAAAAUUGAACGGUACGUCUUCUAUGAAUCACCAUAUGAGCAAGUGCAAAGGUCAUCCUAAUAAUAAAGGUGACGAGACAAUAACCAAGUGUUGUCAAAAUAUAAGUGUGGGCACUAAAGAAGGGAGUUCUAAUUGGAAAUUUGAUCAAGAAUCUAUUAGAAAAGCCAUUGCUCGCAUGCAAUUGUCUAAGUUUAUUGUUUACUGGAGGCUGUGGGGCUGGGGGUUGAGGGGCUGGGGGCUGGGGGCUGGGGGGCUGGGUGGUGGGUUGGCUGGUGGGGCUGGGGGUUGUUGGGGCUGGGGAUUAGGUCAUUAG